AAUCGACGGUCGCCUUGAACCGUUCGUUUAUAUUAUCGUCUUAUAAUAUAAGUGGGUUUGUUUCGUUAAUUAAGUGCCGAAGAAUUUUUAAUUUUGUUUUCUAUGGAGGAGCUAUAAAUAAGGAAAGUAAAAUCGCUUGCAGUGUACGAGGACGAGAUGCGAAUUUUAUUAUUUUAAUUAUAAAUAGAAAGCCGGAUGAAAGUACAUGAAACUAUGAUUUCGAAUCUUAUACUGUUCCUGAUCCUAUUCGACGCGUCGCUGACUCUGCCACAAGGAUUUCAAUUGCCGACUUUGACAAAUUUUCCACCUCCCGAGGAGGUGCAUGCCCUCAAAGAACACAAUCAACAACAAAGGUCGAUAGCCAGGAGUGUUGAAAUACAAAAGACCGAAGAAACAGUAAAGGAGGUCGAGGAAUUGAUAAAAUCUAAUCCAGCUCUACCGAGGCUCACCAAGGGGGAGAUAUUGGAUAUCUUGGAAAAUAUCACAAGAGAAGAUGGAAAGAAAAUCACUGAAGAUAUUAAUGAUAGGGAUCCUAAAGCCAUUAUGGUGGUUAAGGCUUAUACUCCACUUGGUUCGGGAGAAGUGAAUUUCGAAGACCUUUACACAAAACCGCCUGUCACAAAUAUUGUGGAAUCGGAAAAGGACAAUGUUGAAGACGGUAGCACUACUAAAGCAAACAUUACCUAUUUCAGACGAAAACCAACUAAAGACUCGGGAGAGAAGAAGGUAGCGAGUACGGAGAAAAGAAAACCAUAUAGAGGUAAUACUCAAUUUAAGACGUCUACUACCACGACAAGAAGGCCUUUUAGCACUGUAUCUCGGAGUACGAUAACGCCCACUACCCGAAAGGAAAUCAAGAGAAGACGUAGGCCGCCAGUAACUUCUCAACCAUCUCCAACUACCUAUAAUCCACGUAGAAGAGUACCUACUACAACUAAACAUCCAAACCAUAAGUAUCCAGAAGAACCCAGUUUACAGUCCAGUGAAGGACUUAGAAUCAUUGAUGCUCCAAAAUUUAAACCGUCGGAAAUCAAUUACGAGUUAGUAGAUCUGGAACCUCAGGAGGGUGGUCAAAAGGAGUCUGUGUUGAAACCCGAACUAGUCGAUUUAAACAAACAAUUACCACCGAUGGAAGUUGAGAUUCCCGAUCAUUUGAAAAAGGUGGUGAAUGAUCUUAAUUUAGCCGGUAUAAAUGACCCGGAGUCGUUCACUAUAACAGCCAUACGACCGACAUCAAAUAAUGCAGAUGCGGAGAAAAUAAAAGACAUCCUUGCUUCGAUUGGGGUGAUUCCUCUUAGUACAACCACUUCCACGUCGACUCCAAACGCAGAAUUGGUGGCUGAAAAUUUGUCCCCUGAAAUGAGAGAGCUAUUGAUGAGUUUCGGUUUGCUUCCCGGUUCUAAGAUUGACGCUCAAAAGGGGAACCAAGUGAUAGACUUCGUCCCGGAAAAGGCAUCCGUAGAUCCAGAAUCAUACAUCGGUUUUAAACCACUCCCGGAGGAUUCCGACAGCAGGAAAGAAAUGGAAGACCUUCUUACCCGAUUUGGUUUGCUGGAAAGAAACGACCGACGACAAAAGUCUUUGAACAGCGUUUCAAAUAGCAGCGAACAACUUAAUCUCGAUGUGGUUCCCCACCAAUUUCAAUCAGUGCUGGAUGAUAUGGGGUUAGUGCAAAGGCUGGGAAGAAAGAUUAGAGAACAACCUGCUGAAAGAACCACCGAAAAGCAACACGUUUUUAAUCCUGUCGAAAGUCAACACACCAAUGAUGAAGAAAUGGAAAAACUGGGCAAGUUGUUGAAUAUUAUGAAGAAAUUAGAAAAAUUGAACGGCACUGUUACCCAAGAUGACUUGAAGAAAAUCAACACUAAUGAGCUACGGGAAAUAAUAAGCUACCUCAACGAAAACAAAAAUGAAAAAUUUCUUCAAUUGGAUCAACAAAGGGCGCCAAAUCCACUAAACGAAGAUGAAAGUAUCAGAAAAAAUGAAGUGAAGCGGCAGGAAUUGUCGUCGACGUCCACGGAAUCGACUACUUCUACUGAAUCUGAAACGACACCCAUCGCCACCACUAAAUCAGAGACUCCGUCUAUCAAAGAUUUGGAAGAAUCUUUUGGUGGCGAUAGCGCUUCUAGUACAACCUCUGAAACACCCGAAACCACGACAGCUGCGAGGAGAAGCGGAUUCUAUUAUUUAUUAGACUGGAAUUCGUUUUUCGAAAUCGACGACCAGAAAGGGAAACGGGUGAACUUGCGUUUUCAACCGAAAGUUGGCGACCCUAAAAGAUUUUUCUCAGUCACUGUGCCCUAGUCUAACAUGUACUUAAUUCUUAAUUAUAAAAUAUUUAUUUGCUCAAUUAUUUAGUCGAUAAGUUUUGGUAAUUUAUAACCUUUGUAAAUUGGUAUAUUAAACGAAAU